AUGGCGAUGCCCAACUUGCCGCCGUUAAUCAUGGGAGGCGCUGGCUGGAGCUACCAGCUCACUCACGACCCAGACGCAGACUCGGUACUGGACAUCGUCGAAGCAGCGUUCUCUCAGGGUGUGAGGGCUAUCGACACAUCCCCGUACUAUGAGCCAUCGGAGGAGCUGCUCGGGAAGGCUCUGUCUCAUCCUAACAUUUUAUCUCAGUACCGUCGCAAAGACUUCUUCAUCAUGACAAAAUGUGGACGUAUUGCGGCAGACCACUUCGACUACUCGCCAGACUGGAUCAAAAAGAGUUUGACUCGGUCGCUUGAUCGCUUUGGCACGAUGUAUCUUGACGUGGUUUUCUGUCACGAUGUCGAGUUCGUGACUGUCGAGGAAGCAGUUGCGGCAGUAGCGACAUUGUUUGAGCUCGUCGAUCAAGGACGGAUCAAAUUUGCUGGUAUCUCAGGCUACGACUUGGAGGCCAUGAUUCGAGUCGCGGACGCGGUACGUGAGCGGCUCGGGAGGCCGGUGGAUGUGGUUCAGAAUUGGGCACAAUUGUCGCUCCAGAAUACAAGGCUCGAAAGCUAUGGGUUUGCAGCACUUCGAAAAGCUGGAGUCAGAGCGGUGUGCAAUGCCAGUCCAUUGGCGUGUGGUCUACUUCGCUCGGGCGGCGUUCCCGUAGGAAAGCUUGGUGAUUGGCAUCCCGCGCCCUCCGGACUACGUGCUGCUGCAAGGCAGGCCUCCCAGUGGGUCGCUGAGCAAGGCGACUCUUUGGCUUCAGUCUCGUUAAGGUUCGCGAUAAGUCAAGCGGCUCAGAGUACAUACGACACGUUCCAGGUGUCAACAAUCACGGGCAUUAGCACGAAGAGUGACUUACAGGAGAACAUUGCUGCGGCGGCUCAGGUGCUGGGACUGCCUGUCGACAUUGAGGACAGAAUUUCACAUUCAUCGUUGAGCGGCAGAACGGCCCUGAACAUGGCCAGAGUCGAGGCGGAUCGGGUACUUUGUGAUGGUGUACGCUCAAUAUUGGAAGACUACAUUGAUUAUGCUCUGUCGAAGCCGCCAUCUGCCAAGGGCUCCGACCUCAGGGCCCCUAUCGACUCAAUUACGGAAGAUUCAAAUGAUGUACCCAGUCGGCUAUACCACUCUGGCUCAGGAAAUACGCCGGCUCAGGGAACACGCUAG